GAAUUUAAUUAGUUAAAUUUCAGAAUCAAAAUGGAGGCGGAUAGGCAUGGGCAGGGUUUGAAGGAGGAGAAUGAAAAUCUUAAACGAGAAAAUAACAAUCUUGUAUACCGUAUACACCUCUUCGCACAGCGACUGGAGAACCUGCUCGAAGAGCUGAGAUCUGAAACCGGUUUUGAUGUUACACGUGUUCAGCUUAAUAGUUCAGUUGAAUCCGGCGAAAUUUUGAAUAAAUCUAUCGAAAAAUCUGUCUUCUCAUCAGAGAUUAACAUCAAACCGAUCUUCCCUCCAACACAGCAGAUUCGUAUUCAUGACGUCUAUCACAUAGAUUUACAAUCUUCAAAAAAUCCACCAAAUUCAGUCCAGGAAAAAUCUGCAAUAGAGAAGAAAUCCGUUGAAAAUAUGACCGGAAAUCCUGUUCAAAUUAUUAAAUGUGAACCUGAAUUUUGGCUGGAUGAUCCAGAUCCAAUUCAGGACUCCUGGCAGAAUGAAGAAUAUCCAAUUGAACAGGAAAACUGGGAAAAUGAACAGGAACACCAGGCUCUUGAACAGGAACAUUGGAAUAUACUCCAGGAACCUCCAGUAAUAGAACAGGAACUUAUUCCUGAAGUAAUUCCCUCACAACGUAAAAAACGCAAUUCAACCCAUACUGCUUCCGAAGUUCAUGUUAAGACCGCCAUUGGGAAAGACGAUGAUUGGAAGAAAGAAUUAAGACGGAAUCGUAAAAGAAAAUACAAGAGGAAGAAACUUCAGUCUGGAAGCAAAGGAUUUAAAUGUAAGAUUUGCGGACGCCUUUUCCCUUCGACUUUUGAAAGAAGAGAUCAUACCAAUUCUGAACACUAUCAUCUAAGGCUUGAAUGUGAUCAAUGUGAUUUCUCCACGUUCUAUAAAAAUAUUCUGCUUAAUCACACAGAAACUGUCCACCUUGGAAUUAUUCACACGUGUGAUAUUUGUGGAGAUACUUUUGGUUAUCUUUCAGCAAUGAAGCAGCAUAAAAGAGUUAGACAUGAAAAAAUUCCCUACCCCUGUAGUCAUUGUGGACUUCUCUUUAAAAACCCAUCGGCCUUAAGAUCGCACAAAAGACACCACUGACCUAGUAAACCUCUGAUUUAAUAAACCCCACAUUUUUUGGGAGUGGAUUUAUAUUACAUUUAGCCUUAAGGUCAAAUUAAACUAUUAAUUAAAAAAAAUCGAAUUUUGGCCGAUGCUCGAUAUAGAAAAUUUAGUUUGUGUUAAAUUAGUAUUCGAAUUCAAAAUUGUAGUAUGACUAUUUUUAUUUAAUUAAUUCUUUGUUUUGUUUUCUUAAUUAUUUUCUUAAUUAUUCAUUUUGUUUAGUGCAUUGUUAAAACUUUUGUGGUGUAAAUCCCGGGAUCAAAUAUUUCUCCGUAUCUUGUGAAAUCCUACGGAUUAUAUUAAUUCCUCGUGGAUAUCCAGGAAGGAAAAACUAAAAUUGAGAGAUAAGAAUUUAAUAGCUGUCACACAAUAUAUCGGGAUCAUUCAUUGAAGAUUAGCGCUAGUUCCGACAAUAACCUUGUUAUAUACUUAAAAGAUAAAUUAUAAUUCUAGAUUUUAAAAAGCUAAGCUGUUUUUAAUGUUAUUAUGUUUUGUUUGCCAUUGUAAGAAUAAAAGGUCUGAAAAAUUA